AUGGAUGAUCUCGAGUCCCUUGAGCUUCUGUCUCUUGUUUCGAGGGUAACGACUGAACUCCAAAACCACCUGGGGAUUAACGAAAAGACUCUGGCGGAAUUUGUGAUCGAUAAACAUUUACAAUGCAAGUCUCUCGCCGAAUUCAAGAGCUCCCUAGAAGCUGUUGGGGCAGACUUUCCGCAAAGUUUGGUGGAGAGUGUGGAUCGCCUGGUUUUAACAAUGCAUCCUAAAUACAAGUCGAAGCGAGCCAAAGCGGACGAACAGAAAACCCAGCAGAAUGGCCGUGACGAAGGGCUUGACGACAUCGAGAGGAAAGCAAGGGUGUUUAAAGGACUUGCUGUUCCGGAUAAAACUCCUAAAUGGGUCGAGGAGGAAAACAGUACUCCGCUGCAGGGCAGGCCGGAGGACAAGCUGGAAGACAACACGAGCGCAGGAGCUAUGGAUGAUACAUUUGCGAUGCUUGAAGGACUCGCUGGAAAGGCAAAGGCAGAGAAAAACGGGUAUGCGAGCAGUCGGAAGCGGAGCAGGAGCCCCGAGGCCGAUGACUACGAACGAGGUCGAUCCCGUCGUGGGAAAUACAGAUCUAAGUCGAGAUCGAGGUCACGGUCUCGCAGUGGAGACCGGUACGGGAGUAAGCACGGCCACAGGCAUCGCAGGAACAGGGACGAAUAUAGAGAGAGGGGGCGAUCAGGACGCGAUUACGAUGAUGAUAACGAUUUCGCGAGACCACCUAUGCCAGAACUUGACGAGCGACCAGUUCUUUUUAAAGUCUACGAUGGUCGAGUGACUGGCAUCAAGGAUUUCGGCGUAUUUGUGAAUCUUAGGGGAGUUAAAGGAAAGGUUGACGGCUUGGUACAUGUCUCUGCAAUGCAAGAAGGUGCAAGGGUGAAUCAUCCGUCCGACCUCGUCUCGCGAGGACAGCAGGUCAAGGUUAAAGUUGCUUCUAUCCAAGACUCAAGGAUUGGGCUGUCAAUGAAGGAAAUUGAUCAGGUUACUGGUGAGGAUCUCGCUCCACAACGGCGAAUUGCCUCGGGUGCGAAUAUGGAGAGGCUGGAUGGAACUGGCGCAGACGACCGCUAUGGGAACCUGGGCUCUAGCGUUCCUGUUAUAGAGCAUGAUGCAGAUACCAGGAAGAGCAGAAAACGGUUGAACUCACCAGAGAGGUGGGAAAUAAAACAACUGAUUGCCUCCGGUGCAGUAUCUGCCGCGGAUUAUCCUGAUCUAGAUGAGGAAUAUCAUGCUACGCUAAGGGGAGAGGCAGAUUUUGAAGAGGAGGAGGAUAUUGAUAUUGAAGUACGUGAGGAGGAACCCCCGUUCUUAGCGGGCCAGACAAAACAAUCUUUGGAGCUUUCGCCGAUUCGUGUUGUCCGAGCGCCAGAUGGUUCACUUAACCGUGCUGCUAUGGCUGGAGCAAAUUUGGCCAAGGAAAGGAGAGAGAUCCGACAACAAGAGGCUCAGGAUAAGGCCGCCGAAAAGGCUGCUCAGGUUGAUCUCAACGCACAAUGGCAGGAUCCAAUGGUUGCUCCAGAGCAGAGAAAGUUUGCCUCUGAGCUGCGUAAUGCAACUACCGAAAAGACAUCUGAACCGUUACCGGAGUGGAAACGAGCGGCACAGAGUAAGGAUGUGUCAUAUGGAAAGCGGACAAACCUUUCUAUGAAAGAGCAGCGUGAGAGCCUCCCGGUGUUCAAGUUCCGGAAGCAACUACUCGAAGCUAUCCGAGAAAACCAGCUACUCAUUGUUGUGGGUGACACCGGGUCUGGAAAGACAACGCAGGUCACACAAUACCUCGCCGAAGGUGGAUUCGCAAAUAACGGCAUGAUUGGAUGUACACAACCUCGACGAGUGGCCGCGGUGUCCGUCGCCAAACGUGUGUCUGAAGAGGUUGGCUGCCAGUUGGGUCAGGAGGUUGGAUAUACCAUCCGUUUCGAAGACUGCUCUAGCCCUAACACAAAAAUCAAAUAUAUGACGGAUGGUAUUCUUCAAAGAGAGAUUCUGUUGGAUCCGGAUUUAAGAAAAUAUUCUGUUAUAAUGCUUGACGAAGCCCACGAGAGGACGAUCGCUACCGAUAUAUUGUUUGGGUUGCUGAAAAAGACAAUUAAACGGAGACCUGACCUCAAACUCAUCGUUACGUCGGCGACCCUUGAUGCAGAUAAAUUCUCAGAAUAUUUUAACGGCUGUCCGAUCUUUUCUAUUCCUGGAAGGACUUAUCCCGUCGAAAUUAUGUACUCAAAAGAGCCCGAAACCGAUUACCUGGAUGCUGCUUUAGUUACAGUGAUGCAAAUCCACCUCACAGAGCCAGCUGGGGAUAUCCUUUUGUUUUUGACAGGAAAGGAAGAAAUCGACACCAGUGCGGAAAUUUUAUAUGAACGAAUGAAAGCAUUGGGCCCCAACGUGCCUGAGCUUGUUAUUCUCCCUGUUUACUCUGCGCUUCCAAGUGAAAUGCAGAGUAAAAUUUUCGAGCCAGCUCCUCCAGGGGGGAGGAAAGUGGUUAUCGCGACGAAUAUUGCUGAAACGUCAAUUACAAUAGAUCAAGUUUACUAUGUCAUUGAUCCUGGGUUUGUGAAACAAAAUGCUUAUGAUCCGAAAUUGGGCAUGGAUUCGUUAGUAAUUACACCCAUUUCGCAAGCUCAGGCUAAACAACGAGCUGGUCGCGCUGGAAGAACAGGACCCGGUAAAUGCUUUCGGUUAUACACAGAGGCUGCGUACCAAUCUGAAAUGUUACCUACAUCCAUUCCAGAUAUUCAGCGUCAGAACCUUACCCAGACAAUUCUUAUGCUUAAGGCAAUGGGCAUUAACGAUCUCUUACACUUCGACUUCAUGGACCCUCCUCCAACCAACACUAUGCUUACGGCUCUUGAGGAACUAUAUGCUCUUUCAGCUCUUGAUGAUGAAGGACUGCUAACCCGUCUUGGUCGCAAAAUGGCUGAUUUCCCCAUGGACCCUGGUCUAGCAAAAGUCUUGAUUGCAUCUGUCGACAUGGGUUGUUCUGAUGAGGUGCUGACCAUCGUAGCUAUGCUUUCCGUGGCUCAAGGUAUAUUCUAUCGCCCCAAAGAAAAACAACAGCAGGCCGAUCAAAAGAAAGCAAAGUUCCAUGACCCUCAUGGCGACCAUCUUACUCUCCUCAACGUUUAUAAUGCGUGGAAACAAUCACGGUUUAGCACCCCUUGGUGCUUUGAAAAUUUUAUUCAGGCUCGCCAAAUUCGUCGUGCGCAGGAUGUACGUCAACAGCUAGUCACCAUCAUGGAUCGGUACCGUCAUAAAAUCGUGUCUUGUGGCCGAGAUACCACGAGAGUGCGCCAGGCAUUCUGUUCCGGCUUCUUUAGGAAUGCGGCUCGUAAGGAUCCGCAGGAGGGAUACAAGACCUUAAUUGAGGGCACACCCGUAUAUAUGCAUCCCAGCUCAGCUCUAUUUGGGAAAGCCGCCGAGCAUGUUAUAUUCGAUACACUUGUUCUCACGACAAAAGAAUACAUGCAGUGUGCCACUACAAUUGAACCAAAGUGGCUUGUCGAGGCAGCACCAACGUUCUUCAAACAGGCGGGUACCAACAAACUAUCCAAGAGGAAAAGAGCCGAGCGCAUCCAACCGUUGCAUAACAAGUUCGCAGGCGAGGAUGACUGGCGACUAUCCGCUCAACGACGACAAGGUCGUGGUGGAGGUGGUGGAACCUGGGGAUAA